CCGGGUCUUUGUUGGUUGGCAGUAGUGAAGAUGGCGGCGUCAGGGAGGAGUACAUUAUUAUCCUCCAACAACAGUGGACUAAACAGCACAGCCGAACAACCAAACACUGAAGACGAAGAUGGACAGGAUUUAUGGUGGGAACAACUGACAUGUCUGUUUAGAUCCAGGACGAGCUUUUAGAUGGAGAGUGACUGUUAUUGUUCAGACUCAGAGUGACAGCCCGUCUAACACAGCUAGCUAGCAGCGGCUAGCCUAUUGCUAGCAGUAGAGAUUGGCUAGGUUUACGAAUGAAUGGUGAUGCUGAGUCUGAUGAUUGUGUGGUUUAGUUAGUGAGCUAGCUUGCUGUAUUUCUGCAUAGGCUUGUAGAUUGACUAGCCAGCGAUAGCUAGCCUUGGCUAAUGCUACUGGUGAUGAUAAGCUAGUUAACUAGCUAGUGGAACGAUUCUAUAAGAUGUACAUGUAGCCAGUCAUCUAUCUAGCUAGCUAGCUAGUUAGAUAACGGACUGCUCUAUCCAUCUAUCCGCAGGUCUGCUAUUCUGAGCGAAGUAUCGACGCACUCCAGAUCUAAACUACCGUCCGGGAAAAAUGUGCUGGUCAUGGGUGGGUAUCUCGCUAUCUCCUUGGCUAGUGUGUGUGUGUGUGUGCGCGCGUGCGCGCGCGCUAGCUGUGACGAGCCUCUCUCCCCCACCCUGUCUUCUCCUAUUACAAUGAUGGACCAAUAUGAUACCAGCUAUCAGACAGGCUAAUGUCGCUUUUAUGUGGAAUUCUGUAGCGUGUGUGUUUGUGUGUCUAGCAAUCAUUGUCUCAGUCCAGUCAGCCACAGUCGCCUAGCAGUUACAACGGCCAGGAUAAUCCUCUGCUACAGAGGCUAAUCAGUAUGGCGUGAGUGAGUGAGGAAUGCUGCCUACUCUGCAGUAUUUACUGAUAGGCCUAAUAGUAGAAUAUUGUAAUGUACCAUCUGCAUCCUUUACAUUGUUAGGUGUUUAAUAACUGUCUGACUCUCUCUUUCGGGGUGUGCGUGUAGGGGAGGUGGGGUCGGGGAAGACAACCCUGGUUGCUAAGCUACAGGGUGUGGAGGAUUUCCUGAAGGGGCGUGGCCUGGAGUACCUCUACUUUAGUGUCCAUGACGACGAUAUUGACGGUAACCAAUCACAGCUUUCAUUUUACCGUUUACGCCAUCAUUGCUUUUUUUUUCUUUUGUUUUUUUACUGCUAGUAGUGCUGAGCGAUUAGUCCUUUUCGAGGUUGGAUCGGUUUUGGCUAGAUUAUUUUUUUUAAAUCGCGGUUUUCGGAUUCGGUUUGUAUUACUUUUAACAUCAUUAAAUGUAUUAUGAAAUAAACACAUUAAAAUGGUUUUAGAGCUUUUUAAUGGACAUUCCAAAGCCAAAAAUAGUGAACAUUCAAUUUAUGGUCAUUGUAUUGAAUUACAACGUUUCUGCGUUGAACUAGGUAGAAUAUUUGCUUAAUGAAAACUACAACUCUUUUUAGCCCAGCAUCCCAUACUGUAGUUCUUGACUUUUUUCGUGAAUGAUUUGAUUUCUCUCUAGAGAAACGGCGUGUUGGGCUUACAAAAAAACAAACUAAAUGGAAUUCAAGUAAUUGAACCAACGUCGGUCAUUUAGUUGUUUAAUAACCGAACCCCCUGCCCCCUCGAAAUGUUUGUUAAUCGCUCGGCACUAACUAUUAGGUCUCUGGCUCUGUCUAUAAUAUGUGUGUGUGUGUGUGUGUGUGUAGACCAAACCAGGUGUAAUGCCUGGGUGUUAGAUGGGGAUCUGUACCAUAAAGGUCUGCAGUCUGUUGCCGUGCAACGAGAGGCGCUAGGUGACUCGUUGCUAUUGGUUACCGUGGACCUGUCGCGGCCCUGGGUCGCCAUGGAAUCGCUUCAGAAGUGGGCGGCCAUCGCUAGGGAACAUAUCGACAAGCUCCGGGUCCCCCCGGAAACACUGAGGGAGCUGGAGAACAGAAGUGAGUCAAACACACACACACACUUCAUGUUUUACCCUCUGACUUCUAAACCUAAAUAGGACCCUAAACCUAAACAGGCCCUAGAUCUAACCCUGAACAGACUGGUACCAGAUAUUUUAUUGGCUUGCUCAGCUGACUUUUAGCUAGCCAAGUUGCUGAAACUGUGCUGCAGAGGACUAUUUGGACAUUGUGGAAAGACGAUAUCUGAGCCUGUGUGACAGUGUGAAAAGGGUUUUAACCAACUGCACAAAAAUAAGCUAUGCAUAAAGAAAAUGUGCACAUUUCCCCACCAGUGGUGUGUUUCUAACAAACUGUCUUGUUGCGGAUGAAAAGCAGUGCGUAAUGAUCUAGUGCACAUUAAAGGUACUUUUUUGCUUAAGUUUUCAUGUACUGAAUAAAAAUCUAAGUUUCAAUGUGUUUCCAUUGCAUUUUCAACUCUACCAAUGGUUUUGUCACAAACUGUCUAGUUAUUUUGCAAAUGUGCCCACCCUGGUCUUGGCACGUGCACUCUACCCAACUGCUUUCAGAUACAGUGCAGGUAGGCUAGUCUACAUGAUGAGAUUAUUAUGGAUCAUCUUUGUCAAACGGCAGCCAAGCAUCCAUCAUCAUGUCACCAGAAUAAGACCCUCUAAAUGUUUUGGAAAGCAGCGUCAAGCUCAUCACCCUGUGAAGUUAAUCUUAACUUAUUUAAUCUGUGGCCUAAUAAACUGCAUGGUUUCCUGAGACGUAGUGAGAGGACCACACACCAUAUCAUCACGUUUACUUCCAUAUGAUGGUUAUUAUAUCAAUAUUUGCGCAUAAAGGCGUUUCCACCACCAUUUCUCGCAUUAUUAAUUUUACAGACACAAAAAUAUCCCACCAUGUCGAACAAACACAUUUUUUUAUGCGUCAGGCAAUUCAUCCGCAUUAAAUUGUUGGAUAGAAACCUGGGGCCUCAUUUAUCAAUAUUGUGUAGAAACUAUUCUAAAAUACUACUUAAGAAUGGAAUUUAGAAUGGUCGUACGCAUAGAAAAAGUGUGAUUUAUCAAAGAAUCCUACAAGAGUCAUAUACACACCGGUAGGAGAGAACCAUUUGAUAAAUAACAAUUGUUCUCAGCCUCAGUGCUCAUGCACAACCUUGGCUGUUUGCAUUUCGAAACGCCCCUAGUUAACCAUAUAUGGUCAAAAUCAUCCAGGACAAUUUAGUUGCUUUAGCAAUGGCAAAUAUACUUCAAAUAAUAAGCCAUCCAUCCUCAACAGCUCCCUCAAGUAUGCUUAUAGGCCAACAUUGCUGUUCUGCAGAAUGAACGAAUCGUGCGUUCCACCUGGUCACCACAUUCAGCAGUGUCUUUUGUGCAUCACAUAACCUAUCACCUGCACAUAAAGAGUGGAAGCCUUUUCUGUUCACAUAGUUUAAAAUCAUUUUGGGAUGGUGAUUUUAUAGCGAUGUGGUGGCCGUCUAUUGCUCCGUUCGUAUUUGGGAACCCAUUGAUGGCAUCAUGGCGAAGAAAUCCCUCUGGACUUCCACCUGUUGUGCGAUGAUGUAUGGAAAUUGUAUGUGUUACUGUUAAUUUAGCUGAUCUCAGUCCUCUUUCUGCAGAUCCCACCUGUCUCUAAAAACCCGCUCUCUGCGAAAUGCAGCGUGUGCCAAAUCUUCAAACAGAGCAAAUCAGCCAUCUCUCAUUCAAUUUCCCAUUGUCUCAGUCUUUUUUAUAGUAUUUCAACAAUGGUUUAACUUUCACACGUACCUCUAAUUUAACAAAUUACUGUGUAUGGAUUAUUAUUGUAACAAAUGCACUGAUGUGGUCAAAAUUAUAAAGCAUGUCAAGAUAUGUUGCAUUAAUUCACAAUGGAAAUACAAUGACAUCGAAAAAGUAUUUAAUUAUUGCUCUCAGAAUUUCACACAUUUUCCCUAUAUAUUUUCCCCAUUCUAUGCUUGACAAGCAGUUCCCUUAUUCCACCACUUGGCACUGUGUAUACGCAUGGUCAUGGCUAAGCAAACGUUCAUAUUGAUAAAUCUCACACUUUGCGUGAAAAUAAUCCCACGCAUGGUUUACGCUCCGAUUUGUGCCUACACACAUAAAUAAAUGAUAAAUGAGACCCCUGGUUUGUGACUGUCUGUCUCUGUAGUGGCCAGACAGUUCCAGGAGUAUGUGGAGCCUGGCGGGGAGGAGAGCAGCCCCCAGAGGAGGAGUGAGGAGGAGGAGAACGUUCUGCUGCCGCUCGGAGAAAACACACUCACACACAACCUGGGUCUACCCAUGGUGGUGGUCUGCACUAAGGUACACACACACACACACAUUGGAAUUGUCCCUAUUCUAUCUGUUUCGCUGUGAUGUCCUCAGUUGGCUGGAGAAGAGCAUGACUACAUAUAUUACCUCUGACCUCUAAACUGUGUGUGUGUGUGUUGCAGUGCGAUGCCAUCAGUACGUUGGAGAAGGAGCAUGACUACAAAGACGAACACCUGGACUUUAUCCAAUCAUACAUCAGACGCUUCUGUCUACAGUGUAUCCUUUACACACACAGACAGUUGUGUAUAACUAUACCUCUAUACUAGGCGGUGUCAGAGGAAGGCCCAAAAAAUUGUCAAAGACUCCAGUCGCCCAAGUCAUAGACUGUUCUCUCUGCUACAGCACGGCAAGCGGUACCGGAGCGCCAAGUUUAGGUCCAAAAGGCUCCUUAACAGCUUCUACCUCCAAGCCAUAAGACUGCUGAACAAUUAAUCAAAUGGCUACCCAGACUAUUUGCAUUGACCCCCACCCCUUUUUGUUUUUACACUGCUGCUACUCGCUGUUUAUUGUCAAUUCAUAGUCACUUUACCCCUACCUACAUGUACCUGUACAUAUUACCUUGACUAACCCGUACCCCCGCACAUUGACUCGGUACUGGUAUCCCCUGUAUAUAGCCUCGCUAUUUUAUUGUGUUACUUUUUUUCACUUUAGUUUAUUUAGUAAAUAUUUUCUUAACUCUAUUUUCUUAAAACUGCAUUGUUGGUUAAGGGCUUGUAAGUAAGCAUUUCACGGUAAGGUCUACACCUGUUGUAUUCAGCGCCUUGUGGGGACACACAAUUCAGUCCCAUUCAAAAUCCUAUUUUCCCUAACCCAAACUCUAACCCGAAGGGUGUUUUCACACUUGGGCCCUUUCAGCCGAUUUUUGUGAACUUAGUGCGGUUCGCUUAAUUCCCUUUUUUAGGACAAUGUGAACGCAAAGCUCCCCAGGUUCGCUUGUCAUUGUUCCCGCACCACACACUAGACUUCUGCACAUUGGUGCCACAAAAGAGAGAAGAUGAUGAUGUGCAGGUUCACAAAAGAAAAUGUGUUCUAUUUUUGGAUAUUGAUUAGCGAUUGUCAAGGACGCACAAACUCCAAAAUGUGUCAAGUUUUUAGUUCAGAUUAUUUGUUUGCAAUAUGUGAUCUAUAGGCUAGGAGAGCUUCAUAAGCUGUUUACUGAUUGUGGGGUUUGAAUAGUGUGAAAAGACAAUAUAUUUGGUGAGAAUCACAACAUAGGGUACAAAAGCUAUUCUAGCUUUUAAAGGGGCAGUAGUCUACCUUGGGUGGACAAUUUUCAAUUACAGCAUUAUUCAUUCUAUUGCUAUUUAUUCUGUUACCGCUCAAAUUGACAUGUUAAUAGUAUCUUCUGAUUACAAUUAUUAUGACUCAUAUUUUAACUAAAUGCAAUAUAUGAGCUUCCAAAAUGUAAGUAGGUAUAUCUAGCUGUCUGAUGACACAUUCUGAUGGAAUGGUUUGUCCUGCACAUUGUAAAAACUCAGAGUGCAUUGAGUGAAUGUUGGAAAAAGAUCUAGGUUCCUUUCUAGAAAUAGCAAUGUGAAUGCAAAGAGGACUCGGUCCACAAAAUAGGUGAAGUGAAGUGGCAAAAGAUUUGAGUCCUUAUGCAAUGGGCUCCCUAGUGGCGCAGCGGUCUAAGGCACUGCAUCUCAGUGCUUGAGGUGUCACUACAGACCCCCUGGUUCGAUUCCAGGCUGUAUUACAACCGGCCGUGAUUGGGAGUCCCAUAGGACGGCGCACAAUUGGCCCAGCGUCGUCCGGGUUUGGCCGGUGUAGGCCGUCAUUGUAAAUAAUAAUUUGUUCUUAACUGACUUGCCAAGUUAAAUAAAGGUAAAAUAAAUAAAAAUGGCAAGGGCAGUGUGAAUACAAAGAGAACUGAGUUAUUUUGCUUUUUUUACCCCAGAGUUCACUUUAAAGAGGACUGAGAUUGGUUCUUUUUAAAGAGGACUAUAUGUGAAAACACCCUAACCUUAAACCUAACCUUAACCCCUAACCCUAACCCUAAACUUAACCCUAGCUCUUAACCCUAAACCUAAUUCUAACCCUAACACCAAUUCUAACCUUAACCCUAAACCCCCUAGAAAUAGCAUUUGACCUGGUCAGAGUAACAAAAUGUCCCCCAACAUUUUUGUUUCUUUACUAUUCUUGUGGGGACUUCUGGUCCCCACAAGUAUAGUUAAACACGUUCACACGCAUGUGCGCACACACUUUAACCCUGACCACUUUUCCAUAGCAUCUUACCAACCCCUAAUCCAUCUGCAUGCAUUGUAGCGGUAGAGCCAACAUGGCAGUUAGUUUCCUUGUGCCUUCCCUGGAAAGUGUAGUGAGUGAUACUGUCCUUAAUGCUGUGUCAGACGGCGCGUCUCUGCUGUAUACGUCGGUUAAGGAGAUGAAGAAUGUGGAUGUUCUGUAUAAAUACCUGGUUCACAGACUCUACGGUUUACCCUUCCACUAUCCUGCUCAACUGGUGGAGAAAGACACCGUCUUCAUGUAAGUGUGUGUGUGUGUAGUGUGUUUGUGUGCGAGUGUAACCCUGUGUUCUGUAAGUUUGCGCGUGUGUGACCCUGUCUUCUUUCAGUCCGUCAGGGUGGGACAAUGAAAAUAAGAUUUCUAUCCUCCAUGAGAACUUCCAAACGCUGAAACCAGACAACAACUUUGAAGAGGUCAUCGUCAAACCGCCUGUCAGAAAGGUACGACCUCUAGCACCUCACUAUCCUCUAAUUCCCAGAAAGACUGUUAGUAAACCUCACAUUUUCCAUUGUAUUCUAAACUAUAAUGAUAGAUGAAUUAAUAGGAAUCUCUCUCCCCCUCUCUCGUUCUGUACAUCCUCUCCUAUGUCAGUUUGUUCAUGAGAAGGAGAUUCAGGCUGAAGAUGACCAGGUGUUUCUGCUCAAGUUGCAGGUGAGACUUGACACAUGGUGACGUGUGUGUGUGUGUGUGUUGUUCUCUCUCUAACGUGUGUCUUUGUGGUUUCAGUCGCUGCUCUCCAAACAGCCUCCUGCGUCUGCCGGGCGACCAGGGGUAAGUCUCUCUCUUUCUUCUGUCUCUCUCUUUCUUCUGUCUCUUUCUUCUUUCUCUUUCUCUUUCUCUCUUUCUCUUUUCUCUUUCCUCUUUUCUCUUUUCUCUUCUCUCUCUCUCUCUUUCUCUUUCUCUUUCUCUCUCUCUCUCUUUCUUCUCUGUCUCUCUCUUUCUGUAUGUCUGUCUGUCUUUCUGUCUCUCUUAAGAUACUGGAAACUGAUAUGAUCUUGUGUGUGUAACAGGAAUCCAGCAGUAGUAGAGGUCCCAGUGGUUCUCCCAGGACCAGUAAUCGUUCAGCUGCAGCCAACGUAGCUAACACCAUGCCCCAAUCAGGUACUACAUGAUGUGUGUGUAGGUAAUGCCACACAUUACAGCAGAGAAGCAAUUAGGUAUUUUACCAUAGACCCUGCCCAACUGUCGCACCUUUUUGGAUGACAUUCUCCAACCCUCCCUCCCUGUGUGUGUGUGUGUGUGUGUGUGUGUGUGUGUGUGUGUGUAUAUAUAUAGCAGGUCAGACCAGUGAGGGGGUGCUGGCUAACUUCUUCAACAGUCUUCUGACCAAGAAGGCCGGAGCAUCGCCACCCGGCAACAGCACACCAGGGACUGUUCGCAAGUCAGGUAGGACACCCCCGUGUAGCUCAGUUGGUAGAGCAUGGCGCUUGCAACGCCAGGGUUGUGGGUUCGAUUCCCACGGGGGGCCAGUAUGAAAAAAAAUAUGUAUGCACUCACUAACUGUAAAUCGCUCUGGAUAAGAGCAUCUGCUAAAUGACAAAAACAAACGUUAAAAUAGAGCUGUCUUCGAGGCAGAAGGGGUGUAUGUGCCCUGUGUCGCCCUCUUGUGGUUUCAAAUAUAAAUGCAGGCAGAGCUGAAUAGUGGUGUGUGUGUGUUGCAGGUUCUAAGCUGGGUCUGAGUGAUGUCCAGGCGGAGUUGGACAGGAUCAGCUGCAGAGAGAACGAUGAGACCAACAACAGCAACACUAACAACCCUAACCCCAGUACUGAGACCAACGAAGAUCAGACAUGAACAGACCACCUCCCUCUUCCUCACCCCACAGACCAGACGUGAAGAGAACAAACCUCACCAUCCACCCCCCUCCUAACCACCCAGGCAGACCACAGACCAGACAUGAACAGACCACCUCCCCUACCUUACCCCUCCUCAACCCCAGACCAUACAUGAAGAGACCAGACCUCACCCUCCUCCCCUUCUCACCUCUCCUGACCUCCCCUCCUCACCCUCCAGUGAGACCACCACAGACCAAAUAUGAAGACACAUUACCCCUACCUCAUUCCCCAGACCAGACAUGAAGAGACCAGACCUCACCCCAACAGACCAGAACAGAGGAGACACGAAGACCUUCCUCAGGACGGAGAGAGAGAUGGAGAGGUAUGGGGAUGGAGGGAGAGAGAGAGAGGGAGAGAACGAGGAUGGGCUGGAGGAAAGAGAAAGAAAGAUUUAUUCCCCUUUCACCAGAUGAGGUGUUUGGGUUGAUCUUGAUACUGUAGGAGAUAUUGAAGGAUUUGUGUAUAUAGUUGACUGCGAUACUGUAGGAAUAGUGUGUAUGAGUGUGUGUGU